AUGCCCGUUUUUAAUAAUCCCUUACUCACCACAACAUCAACCAUCAAUAAUUCUACAUCAAAUACGUCAACAACAAACGCCAUCAACAUCAGCUUAAACGGUUUGCCAGACAAAUACGUAUGCGCUGAUGGAGAUGUUUGUCAAGAUCCUUCCCAUAAGCAUUAUCAAGAAUAUCAAAAAAAAUUGCAAGAACAGUUAAAGCAAGAAGAGCUGAUACAAAAAAAGAAAAGACGAUUAUCCAUGACAACUGAAAUAUCAACAGUUAGAUUAAUGCCAACUACAACUUGUUCACUUUAUUCCGGCUCAAAGUUUAGAGGUGAACAGACAAGUGGCAGAAGUAGUUAUGAUGUUUCAGUUCAUAUUCAGCAUGUUAAUCUUUCAGAAUCAUAUCUAUGUGGAUAUCUUCAUAUUAAAGGUUUAACGGAAGAUUAUCCUGAAUUAACUACAUUCUUUGAAGCCGAAAUCAUUGGACGUAAAUAUUCCUUCCUAACUAAAAAAUGGGAUGCUGAUGAUAAGAUAGAUAUGCAACACUGGGUUCGUUUCCCAGCUUUUAAACCACUUCAGAAAAAUAUGAAAAAAGAUGGAUUUGUUUAUGAUUUUCAUAAUAAAGAUUAUAUUUUUAUGAGAUGGAAAGAACAUUUUCUUGUUCCUGAUCAUCGUGUUAGAACAAUUAAUGGUGCUAGUUUUGCAGGAUUUUAUUAUAUUUGUUAUCAAUUAAGUACAGGAACCAUUACCGGUUUCUACUUUCAUAAAAGUUCUGAAAGAUUUCAGGAAUUGAAGUUGCAUCAUUUAGUAGAUAAUUCUUUUCCAUCAUUUGAAUUUCGAUGA